AUGUUCCCACCGCUCCAAGUGGGGCACCCCAGAACAACGGCAACGUUAAUUGAAGGAGUAGGUUUCGCUCACGUAAUCGACACGAUGGACGCUCUUACUGAUAAGGAGAUCGACUAUUGCGUGUUGCCGACCACAUCAUUGUUGUCACUACGUCCCGAUUUCAUGCUCUCUCAAUUAAUCUCGAGGCCGCUUAAUAUUGUUGGCGAGAUUGCGUGCACUAUGGAGCUGUGUCUUAGCGCGCUGCCUGGUACGGCGCUGCGGGAAUGUGACUGCGUUAUGUCCGACUCGGCAUUGCUCCAAAAGUACGAAGCGUUGAUUUUCCAACUCGAGAGCGACCAAGGUUCACCGAUUGUGCGUCAAGUGGCGUGGGACAGCGCUGGUGCAUGCUUCAUAGUGCGAUGCCGCUCGUGA